AUGUCGAUCUUCGAGUACAACGGGAGCGCCGUGGUGGCGAUGGUGGGGAAGAACUGCUUCGCGAUCGCCAGCGACCGGCGCCUGGGCGUGCAGCUGCAGACCGUCGCCACCGACUUCCAGAGGGUGUUCAAGAUCCACGGCAAGCUGUACAUCGGCCUCUCCGGCCUCGCCACGGACGCCCAGACGCUGUACCAGCGGCUGGUGUUUAAGCACAAACUGUACCAGCUUCGGGAGGAGAGGGACAUGAAGCCCGAGACCUUCGCCAGCCUCGUCUCCGCCCUCCUUUACGAGAAAAGGUUUGGGCCAUACUUCUGCCAACCAAUUAUUGCCGGGCUAGGUGAAAAGGAUCAGCCAUUUAUAUGUACCAUGGACUGCAUUGGUGCUAAGGAACUGGCAAAAGAUUUUGUGGUUUCUGGUACUGCUUCGGAAUCACUAUAUGGUGCUUGUGAGUCCAUGUACAAACCAGACAUGGAACCCGAAGAACUAUUUGAGACCAUCUCACAAGCAUUGCUGUCUUCUGUUGAUCGUGAUUGCUUGAGUGGUUGGGGAGGUUAUGUUCUUAUUGUAACGCCCACUGAAGUUCAGGAGAGAGUGCUUAAGGGGAGAAUGGACUGA